AUGAACUCAUUAGACACAGACUUGCUUAGAGAUGCUAUGGAGCAAGUUCAUAGGAUUCAGGGUAGACUCUUAACAGCCCAGAGUAGGCAGAAGAGUUAUACAGACCAGAGAGUUCGACCAUUGGAGUUCAUGGUGGGCGAUCAUGUUUGGCUUCGAGUGUCGCCCAUGAAGGGCGUGAUGCGGUUUGGGAGAAAGGGAAAGCUCAGCCCUCGAUUCAUUGGCCCAUUUGAGAUUUUAGCACGAGUUGGAGAGGUGGCUUAUAGAUUGGCCUUGCCACCUAGCUUAUCGACUGUGCAUAACGUGUUUCAUGUUUCCAUGCUUCGGAAGUAUGUUCCGGAUGAGUCCCAUGUGUUAUCACUCAAUUCAGUGGAGUUGGGUCCAGACUUGACAUUUGAGGAGGAGCCUAUAGCUAUUCUAGAUAGGCAGGUUCGUAAGCUUAGAACCAAGGAGAUAGCUUCAGUUAAGGUACAAUGGAAGCACCGUUCGGUCGGAGAGGCGACUUGGGAGACAGAGGCUGAUAUGCAUGCUAAAUAUCCCCAUCUUUUUGAAUCUUCAGGUAUAUUCCUUUACCUUAUGUUCGGGGACGAACAUGAUUUUUAG